AUACCCCCUCCAUACAUCUAUUCACUUAGAUACAAAGCAUCUGGCGUGGUUUAUUUUUAGCUAGCAUUACGGCACUAGAUUCUAUAAAAAAAAAGGAGAUCAUAUAACAAAGGGCUUGGAAACAAAGGAAUUACAGCAAAUGAAUGGAUAACACAAGCCAUAUUUACUUUUCAUUGCUCUUAGCGGUCAGCUAAUAUGUUUUAGGUUAAAUAUAGCAGAAUGGAUCCAGAGUAUGCUGCGUUUGAGAGCUCUCUAUGCAACGAAUUAAAAGAUUUCUGCAAGAAGAUUAGAGAAGCAUACAAGGAGCUGAAAGAAGAUCUUACACCUUACAGAGAUGAUCACUUUUACAGGUUAGCGCCAAUGCGUCUCUACACUCUCUCAAAACGCCACUUCGUUUUGGUAUUUGUCGUUUUCUUCAUAUUCUUUGGAUUAACUGUUUUUGUAGGUAUCACAGGACCAAAUGUUAUUGAGGCUGUACCUUACAGACCAGAAAAAUUUAACCUUUCUAAGGUUUAUUUGACUUCACCAGUCCUAUCUACCUACAACCAACAGCUGUGGCUAACCUGUCGCCUUGAAGUUAACAAGCCGGUUGAUGUAACAAUCCAAAGUAAUUUCUCUAUGACAGUGAAAAUAAAUGGUGUUGACUCAGAUGCAACUGUGACAUUUAUUCGCAACCAUGAGUAUACUCGACCAAGGACAAUUAGUUGUGCACAGAAAUGUGCUGACAUUAUUGUAGUUCAUCUGGGCUACUUGAAUUACACAGUGUAUAAGCUUGAAGUUGGGUUUGAAAAUCUACAGCGUUUACAGUACACUAUCACAGGAUUAAACUUUACAUGGAAAACCUACAACCCAACAUUUUCGCAAGUUGAAAUCUGGUUUCGCUUUGUAUUUGUUGUGCUCACAUUCAUGGUGACAUGUCUAUUUGCACAUUCCUUAAGAAAAUUUUCCAUGAGAGACUGGGGAAUUGAGCAAAAGUGGAUGUCUGUGCUUUUACCUCUGUUGCUUCUUUACAAUGACCCGUUCUUCCCGCUUACCUUUCUGAUAAACAGUUGGUUUCCAGGAAUGCUGGACGACCUGUUUCAGUCACUGUUUCUGUGUGCUCUGCUGCUUUUUUGGCUAUGUGUUUACCAUGGAAUUAGGGUGCAGGCUGAAAGAAAGUGCUUGACAUUUUACCUGCCCAAAUUUUUCAUAGUUGGACUUCUUUGGCUUGCUUCUGUGACCUUGGGAAUAUGGCAAACUGUUAAUGAGCUGCGCGAUCCAACUUACCAAUACAGGGUAGACAUUGGCAAUUUUGAGGGAAUGAAGAUUUUAUUUCUAGUAGUAGCUUCUAUGUAUGUCUUAUACCUCCUGUUUUUAAUAAUACGGGCUUGCACAGAACUCCGAAAUAUGCCUUAUGUUGAUUUGCGUUUAAAAUUUCUCACCUCCCUGACAUUUGUAGUACUCAUUAUCAGCAUAGCCAUACUUUACCUGAGGUUUGGAGCACAAGCCCUACAGGACACCUUUAUUGCAGAGCUGUCCACCCAUUAUCAGAAUUCAGCUGAGUUUUUAUCAUUUUAUGGCCUUUUGAACUUCUAUCUCUACACACUUGCCUUUGUGUACUCACCAUCUAAGAAUGCACUGUAUGAGUCUCAAUUAAAAGAUAAUCCUGCCUUUUCAAUGCUGAACGACUCAGAUGACGAUGUGAUUUAUGGGAGUGACUACGAGGAAAUGCCCCUUCAGAAUGGACAAGCUAUCCGAGUCAAAUAUAAAGAGGAGUCUGACAGUGACUAAUUUUUAGCUUAUUACAUCAUAUAAUUGCCUUUUGGAAAAGAAGGAUUUUUUUGCCAUGUUGGACUAAUUGUUUUUAUGGUAUGCCUGAUUAUCAUGGAAAGCUGCUUACUUCUUCCACAGUGGACUUUUAUUUGACUUUAUUUGACUAAAUAUGAAAUUUGUAUAUCUUGGUGAAGCUUGGUGAUGGACCACAGUAUUCUUUGUAUGGUGCAGUUUGCUAUCAACAUACAAAACUGUAUUUAAUCAGAGCAUAGUAAUUGCAGUUUAAACCGUAAACUCCUUGCACAUAUUCCAUUUUUUUUUUUUUUUCAAUUUUAAGGAGUUGGACUAGCAAAAAUAUUGUUUUUAGUACUUAAAUGUUCAUAUUUUAGCUCUGUGGUUUACUUGAUAUUUUUCUAUAAUUCUUUAUCAGACUAGUAUUUGGCUUUUGGUAUCUUAAAUGUUCUCAUAAAAACAUAAUUGCUUUCUGAUUCUUAAUUGUGUGUGUCCUUUGCCCUCCUCCCUCCCAAAAAAAACAACCUAAAACGGUGCAUAUGAAGGAAUAUUGUGUGGUAUAAAACUUUUUUUUGUUUCACUCAUGUCUAUAAAUUAUCUGGGUUGCUUUUUGUUUCAUUACAGAAAGGGUAAGAACAUUUUUGUUUACAUGGCAAUUAUCCCAGUAAUUUGGCCUGCUUGUCAUAUGUUCACAUAUUUCAGUUUACUCAGUGAUUGCGUAAUAAAAAUGUCUUCUUUCUGAUAGCAGU